AUGACUUCGCCACUGAAGUUCCAAAUCAAACAGACCUCAACCAAGUCCACAAGAGCAGGAGAAUCGGCGCGCUGUGGAACGCUCGCCCUUUCUCAGUCGACCACUGCAGGAACUGAUCAGCAGCAUGUCAAGAGGACGAUCGAGACCCCCGGGUGUCUGAUGUACUCCCUGAAAGGAGCUGUGCCUCAUCUCACACCGGACAACCUGCGUCAACAGAGCUUUGGAGGCGUCAACGUGUCCCUCGAGCAGAUCUUGCAAACGGAUCAGCCAGGUUCAUUCUCAAAGUGGCCCGAAACCUCCCCGAUUCCUCAAUUCACCGGCUCCAAAUUCACGCUCUCAGAAUACCUGCGCCUCCAGGACCUUAUCACCUUCUGCGACCUCCGGGACUAUUCCUACGCAGCAGAGAAUUUCCGCCACCCUACAACCCCACCAACCAGGAAACUGGCCUCCAACACGGAUAACCACGUGGUCCUCUCGACACCCAAAGGAAUCCGUCAAUUGACCCUGGACGAUUACCUCAAGACGGUUCGUCAUUACCGUCCGGAUGUGGUUGUGGCUCUGGCGGACACUAUUGCAGAGACGACUGCUCCUAAUGAGAAGCGAGUUAGGAAGAGUUUGGAGAGAUCGCUGAAAUGGUUGGAUCAGAUCUUGUUGGAGAGGGCUGGACAGGAUGGUACGAUUGGGGAUCGGAGGGCGGAGGAGGAGAAGAAGCGGAGGAGGGAGAGGAAGGAGAAGAGGCGGCAUGCUACGGCGGCUGCCAAGGCUGCAGGUGAACAGCAGGAACAGGAACAGGAACAGGAACAGGACCAGGAACAAGGAGCAGAGACCUCUAAGGAGAAAGAUGAGGAGAUCUAUAUUGAGCCUAUUCCUACAGAGCCUUGGACUGAUGUUGGGUUGUUUGCGGCUGUGGGAGGAGCGCAUUUGGAAGAGUCGAGGAUCUGGAGUGCACAGGAGACGGCCAAGAAGGAGGGUGUGGACGGAUUUGUGAUCGACACACUCUCUCUGAGCGCGUUGGACAAGGAUGCGAGGUUGAAGCAUGUCCAGACCUCUUUGGAUCACUUGCCUGCUGACAAGCCUAGACUGAUCUAUGGACUUCAUGCCCCUGAGGAUGUGCUGGAAGCGGUGGCGAUGGGCAUCGAUCUGUUCGACACCUCAUACCCAUUCCAAUUAGCCGAGGAUGGCAUGGCCUCACUGUACUACUACGGAACCCGCCCCGCAGGUCAGGACAAGAGCAACAGCAAGACUCAGAGAAGCAUCAACCUCUGGGAUGACGAGCACGGCGACAAGUUUGUACCGAUCCUCGAGGGCUGUAGAUGCUACGCCUGCAAGGACAACAAACAUACCCGUGCCUACAUCAACCACCUCUUGAAGACGCACGAGAUGUUGGCUACCGUCUUGCUCAUGGGACACAACAUGUACCAGUACUCCCAGUUCUUCAUCCUUAUCCGCGAAUCAAUCCAAGACGGUACCCUGCAAGAAAAAUCAACUGCCUUCCUCGCAACCUUCGGAAAGGAACCCACCCGCACCCUGGAGAAACACCCCAACCAGAUCAUUGUCGAAGCUGCCCUCCAGAAACGUAACCAGCGGUUGGAAGGUGCUGAAGAAGGUGUCGUUGGAGUCAUCGGUAUGGGUGCCAGCACCGUCAACACUCCUAGUCUUGGUGCCGCUGUUGGUGCUCAUGCUGAGGAUGUUGAGAUGGAGGAUGGUGAGAGCAAGUCCAAGAAGCGCCAUGAGACGGAGGAAGCUGGUGAGGACGGUGGGGCUAAAGAUGAGGUUGUGGAGAAGAAGGUUAAGAAGGCCGCUGUUACCAAGUCCUCCUCUUAG